UUCAAACAAAUAUAGUUCCGAUGUAGUAAUAUUAUAAUUCAUGCACCAUUGGGCUAUCUUGCACUGUUAAUUUUUCAGAUUGAAGGAAUGACAUCUUCAGUGAAGCAAUUAUUCAUACUGCUUGUGUUGCUUUGCUUUUCCGAUGCAGCGCAAACUUUUCAGGAAGUGUCUGUUUGUCCAAGAAAUGCAGAAACCUGGAAAAGUUCAUCGGACAAGAAAAAUUGUCAAGGAUAUACCCCAGACUAUCUUUGUGCAGCAAUAGAGAACAAUGUUGGUAAAUUCGGAGAAAUAUGUACGAAAUUCGGACUGUCUCCUGAAAGAAAAUGUGCUGUGUUGAACGAUUUAACACAUAGUCUAGACUCCGUAGACUGUAGAGCAGUAUCAGGAUGUCCUGAAACUCCAUACCAUCCCUCUGAACUGUGGAAAUAUCCUAUAUGUUAUGGAGAUUUUUAUGGAAAGACACGUUUUCCAACCACAGAAGCUGUACCCCAGUUUCCUACCACAACUGCUGUACCCCAGUCAACUGAAUCUCGAUCGUCAGGUAUGUAUUGUAACAUUAAAGAUGCCGUGCCUUUUGUAUUAAACCUUGUAUGAAUAAUAACCUUUUCUGUACUCUUCAUUAUUUGGUUCUAAUAAUACAUAGGCCCUGUCGCUCUGGACCUUUUGGCAGUC